UUGUUACGAAUUUCUUGCUUAGUAAGCCUGGUCGCAAGAAAGUAGAUAGUGGGUUACUUCAUUUAAUAAGACUUGGUGAGUUUAACAGUUUUCCAUGGGGUAAGGUUGCGUAUGAUACUACUUUGUAUAGUUUGAGGACUUUUUUUGAAGGAAAAAACAAGAAGAAAGUUGUUAAUAAGACGAAGGGUACAGUUGCUUCGAAGGCAAAAGGGAAGAAUAAUAAGGGUAAAGAAAAUGAUUACAAUAGUAAGACGUACAAAUUGUGUGGUUUCCCUUUUGCGUUCCAGGUUUGGCUCUAUGAGGUUAUUCCUCUUUUUAAGAAGCAAGGUUUCUGCACAUAUGAUUCUUCUCCAGAUUACAAGAUGUGUAGGUGGAGUAGUGUGGGUAAUCCUUUCUCACGUGAAGUUGAGAAGAAAAUAUAUAUGUCAACUAAGUUUUCUGUUACCCGCAUGUUUCCUUCAGUUGAGGAGAAUCAAAAGUUAGACAUUGCUGGGUUUGAGUUUUCUUAUGGGUCGGAAUCUGAUGAUGAUUUUGAGGAUGUGAGACAACCAAGAGUAGAAGUUGACAAGGCUGGUAGUCUUGGAGUUGAGAAAAAAGCUACUAUAAGUGUAGCUGUGUCGGAUGAACUUAAAGAUUCGGUGUUGGGGCUUGUAGUUAGUCAAGUUGGAUUGGAGUGUGUUUUGAAAGAGUUUCGUAAGGAAGUCGAUGAAAAAUUUGCAUUACUUGAGGAAAAUUUGAAGGGUUGCAUUGAUCGUAAAGUUGGAGAGGAUUUUACUUUUUGAUCUUGAUACAAUAUUUUUAGAAUUGAAAGAUUUGAUUAAAGAGAGUAUUGCGAAUGUUGUACCACUGAGGUGUUUUGGUUUCUUUUAUGAUUGAAAUUAUUUAUUUUUAAUUUUAUUUGUUAACAUGCAAUGAUUUUUAUAUGAUUUUGUUUUUGUAGAGUCAUGACGAUGAGGAUGAAGAUGACGGUGGUGGUGGUGGCGUUGCUAGUCCCCGUAACCUAGAUGACAUUAGUGAUGAUGUUGAGGUAUUAUUUAGUAGUUUUUAGAUUUUUUAGUUUUUCAUGUGUUUGUAUGUUGUGUUUUUGUGUUAUUAGUUGCGCUAUGAUGGUAUGGUGCUAUUUUUUAGUAUUUCUUAUUAUGUGCUUUUUUGGGUUAUGAUGUUGUUAUUUAUAAUGUGGUGUUGUUAUUUUUUUAUUGUAGCCUACUGUUAAGGGGGAUGGUGAAGAUGCUGGUGAUGUGAAGGAUGGCAAAGAUUGUGUUGAUGCUGAUGGUGAUGUUUAUAAGGUUGAGUUUCUUUUUAUUAUUAUUUGAUAUUUUCUGUUAUAAUAUUUGCUAUUUAAUUGUUUAUUUUUCUGAUUAUAUUGUGCAGGAAAUUAAAAACAUAUCUGAGAUGUCUGUGAAAGAAGUUGAUAGUCAAGAUUUUGAUGGUUUAUCUUCUUUGGAAAAGGUUAAUUUUGUUUCUUAAUUUUUUUACAUAACGAUUUUGUGUAAUUAUUGUAUUUUUGUUCUCUUAAGUUAGUAACUAAUUUGUUUGUUACUUUGAUUUGCUUUUGUUGUUAGGAUAUGCCAAAUUUUGACAUAAUGGGUUCGCUAUUAGGACAAACUGAGACUGUUGCAAUGGUAGAGGAUGAAGCUUUGGGUUCUGAUGGUGGUAAUGUAGAUGGAGUUGAGGGAAUUGCUGAGCAGGUUAGUGCGGGUACCGAUGAUGGUUUUUCAGAAUCUGUGAUGGCUGUUAUAAAUCAGAAGGUGGAUGAUGUUUGUCAUGUAUAUGAAGUGAAGAAGAUUAUGGUAUGACUUGAUGUUUUGUUGUUUUUUUUUUUAUGAUUUAUUGUUCUUUAAAUUAUUAUUAUUGUUAAAUUUAAAUGUUACUGUUUGGUUUCUUUUUUAGGACAAGAUUAAAGUUUGUGAUCUCCUAAAUCAAAGAGGGCUCGUAAGCCUAGUGUGGCAUUACAGAGUCCUUACAGAAAUGAUUUGGGGUCUUCUAGUAGUAAUGAAAAGAAGAAGAAAAAGAAUGUUAAAGGUCUAUAUCCGUUUACUUCUGGGUUGUUUGAUCAUCCGCAUGAACUUCAACGAAAAGCAUUUGAUGAGUGGUUCUGUGUUGGGUUUAAGGAUGAGAAUAAGUAUGUUUUCUUGUUUUUAUUAUGUUAUUUGAGUUGUUUUUUAAAUUUUGCAUAUUUGAUAUUAAGUAUAUUGGUUGGUUGCUUUUUUUAGGAAGAAGAAGUUUAUUCAAGGGAAGAAUCUUUUCAGUCUUGCUUUUGAUUUCUGCAUUGAUAGUGUUCAGGACAAGUGGUGGUUUUAUGAUCUUUUGACCCCUGGGAGGUGCCUUAGUGACUCACUGAGUAUCAUAUUUAGUAUUUUUUUUUUCAUUUUAGUUAUGUUGUUUUUGGUUAUCUUUUAUUUAUUCAGAUUCUAAUAUAUUUUUUUUACAGCAUAUGGAUGUAAUAUUUUACUACAUGCGAAAGAAGUUGAAGUAUGAUCCUAAUGUUGCAGUGUCUGCAACAACCACAGAUUAUCAUUUCUGUUUUAAGGUGGUUGAAUUGUAUGAUAAGUUUAUCAAGUCUGGAAACAAGAUGGAUGCUGUCCCUAAGAGUAACAUUGUUACUGAAUACAUGAGUGGGUAUUACAUGUAUGCUAACAAAGAUUGGCUACUUGUUGAUCAUGUGUUGAUUUACAUGCAUAUUAAGGAUGAAAAGCAUUGGAUUUUGAUCAUUUUUGAUAUUAGGGCUAGGUGUCUCAAUGUUUAUAAUUCCUUAGAGUCUAGACAUGAGUUGGACAGGAAAACAGCUGGUUAUGUCAAGCCAUUUGCAGUGGUGUUGCCUAUAUGUUUGUCAUUCAUUGACUAUUACAGUAGGAGGAUUGAUAUUGACACAAGCCAAUGAUUGUUUAAAGGAAAAAAGGAGGAGGACAAGCUUGAUGUUUUUGUUGUUACUAAGUUACGCAAGUAGACAAGUAUGUAGAAAUGUGUUUAUAUUGUUAUGAUUUUUGUUUUUUUUUAGUAUUCAGACUAAUGUUUAUUUUUUUCUUGUAUUGUUUAUAGUGAUUGUUGCUUGUUCGUGGCUAAGUAUGCUGAUUUCUUUAUUCAUGGAUGUAUUGACAAACUUCCAAAUCCUCUAGAUGUGGGGUUUUUCAGGAGGAAGCUCGCUGUUGAGUUGUAUGUUCAUCCCAAGAAGAAGCUGUUGAAUGAUUAUGAUUCUGAGUCUGAGUUUCCUGGGAGGAUCCCAAGAGCUUGAUUGGAUUGAAGGGGUGUUGAAUCUGCACUUGGAAGAAACUAUUUGGUGAACUAAAGUUGGAGUUUCAACUAGAAUGAAACUUUUUGGUGAACUAUUUUGGAGUCAGAGUACCUUGUUUUGUUACUUUUUGUUUUUAGAAUUGUAAUUAAGCUCCAAUUUACUACAUUUCAUUGUCAGUAUUAGUGAAUGGUAUAUCUAGACAGUAGGAUUUAUAUGUAGUGUUAGCUAGGUGUUAAUCUCUCUUUUGUUGGUAACACUGCUAUGAAGGGACCUUUCCGUAUCUUUUUUUGGAACUAUGCAAGUAUAUAAGUAGUUAAAAUUGUUGUUUGGGAUGUUAUCUUUUAAUGAAACGAUUCAAGUAUAUAAAGUUGGAAAGAAAGUGUGUUUUGUAAUUUUAAGCUAAUGUUUGUAGCUUAAUUUUUAUAAAACCAACAAUGAUUUUUUGCAGAUUAAUGAUUUAUAUUUUUUUGGUUGAAUGAUGAUUUUAAUACAAAUGAAUAAUCAAGGUAUAGAGUAGUUAGUAUGAUUCAUUUAGUGAAAAAUUAGUUAUAUUGUUUCUAAUUUUUUUUAUAUAAACGUUCAGGUUGUAAAAGAGGAUUUUUUUAACUUGGGGUUCUACAAUGGUAGUGGCUUGCAACAUAUUUGAAUUAGAGGUACACUUUAAUCAUUUUUUGAUAAUGAAUAAUGUCUAUUUUGAUAUGGUUUUUGUGUGUAUGAUAAUUUAAAAAUAAAAUAGACAGCAGAAUAUUUAUUGAAAACCAACAUUUUUUGCCUAAAUGAUAAAAAUGUAUGAAUAUAUAAUUUAAGCAACGCGUUAGUUUUUCUAUUAGUGAUCAAUCAUAUAAAAUACUAAAAACCAAAUUUAGACUUUAAAAAUGAAUUUAACUAUUCAUAAAAGCAGUGUUCACAAAUGACAUGUUUUUUUUUAAUUCUUAUAGUAUUUAAAAAUGUAGGGAAACAUUGGAAAGUAAAGCUACUUAGUAGUUUCUCAAUUUGAAAGUAUUGUUUUUAUUUUUAUAGUAUUUGGAUAAAUGGAAGAAUAAUGGAUGUGCUAUUCAAUGUCUCCUUUUCUCUUUCUCUUUGGCUCGACCGCAUCAUUUUUGUAAGUCCUUCGGUUGUGUCCUUUUUGUAAGCAUCUUGCACAUUUCAUCUGUGUUGCUUUAUCUAGUGCAGUCUUAUACCUUUGUUUCCUUGGCCUUCCUGCUGGUCCCUUGUAUAUUGGUGGUAAUACUUGUAGUUGUUUGAUGUUAUCAGGCAAGUCCCAUGUCUUUGGGUCACCAAUUGGUAACACAGAACCUUCAUAUGUUGCAAGAAAUGCUUUUUUUUGUGUAGUAGUAUGAGCAAUAUUCAUAGAAUUUCAUGUGUCUUUUUGAUAUUACAGCCAUUGCAUGAGAACAUGGCAUUUCAUCAUACUAAAAUCGUUGACACGUGCAUGUUCUUUUUUGGAUAUCCACAAUAUAGGAGUUUUGCAAUUCUUUUACUAUGUAUAUGACAAGAUUGGAUGUUUGCACCUGUGAAAUGUAAAAGAGGUAACCAUUAGUAUAACUGUUAUUUUUUUACUUUGUGUGAAGUAACAAAAUGCGCAUUAGUAGCAUAUAAGUGAAGUUUUGAGGUUACCUUUAGUUUCUUACUGCGUUCCAGUUUAUCCUUUAGUAUCUUUUCUGGUAUUUUUGCUAAUGUUGUGAAUGUGAACAAAGCUCUAUUUUUGUUUUCCCAUGACCAUUUUUGAACCAAGCAACGUAGACAUUCGAGCAGUGUUCCAAUCAGUAGCUCUUUGAUUUCUUUCAAUGCUGAGUUCACAGACUCUGCUAUGUUGGAGGUUAAUGUUAAGUAGCGUUUAUUUGGGUUGUAAAGCCUUGUCUAUUUUUCUAGGCCAACUUCAUUUGUCAGGUAAGGACGAAUUCUACUAUCAAUGUUGUCUAAGUCCCUCAUGCAAUCGUCGAAGUCAGUUUGAUUGUAUGCUUUUGCUGCACAGUAGAAUGCAUCUCUUAGAUCAUCUCCUCCUUUUUUGAAUCUUGUUUUUAUAUUUUGGAACAAAUGGAAGCAACAUACCCCAUGCAUCAAGUUAGGGAAUAUUGAUUUCAUUGCUUUUGCUAUACUUUCCUGUCAGUCAGAAAUUAUGCAUUGCUCUUCACGCUCCCCAUAUGAUUCUUUGAGCUUUUCCAUGAAGUAAUUCCAUGAUCCAUCAUUUUCAGAAUCAACUAUUAAAAAGCUAGUGGGAAUAUGUGUCUGUCGGCAUCUUGUGCACUAGCAUUUAUCAAUGUUCCUCCAUAUGCAUUCUUCAGGAAAGUUACAUCAACCACAAUUAGAGGUGUGGAAUGUUUCCAGCCUUCUAUUGAGACUCCUAAUGCAAAGAAUAUGUACUUAAAAUGCCCAUUGUCAUGUUGGACUAAGUUUGUUAUUGUUCUUGCAAAAUUAUGAGAGAGUAUGGUCACAUUAAAGCUACUGAUUAAUUUUUUAUAAGAUUAUUUUUAGUUUAAUACCAAGGAAGUUAUACUUGGGUUGCAUUUUUUGAUCAUGUAUAGAAUCCCUGGUAUUUCAUUGUAUGAAUCAUGUGGGCAGCUGUAAAGACCGCUUAGCUUAAUUUGGAAAUUAGCAGUUAAUCAUGUUUAAUUAUGAAAUUAUUUAUAGCUAUUUAAAUAAUUAUUUAUACUGUUAUUGUGGAAUUCUGAGAUGUAUUUUUAUGUCAUGUAGUAAUUCUCAUAAUUUUGCAUUUCCGCUGCCCGGUAUCAUGGAACUCGGUGUUUGGCUCAGUAAAAUCACAACUUAGUAUGUUAGUAGUGUGGGACGGAUUAGUAGACAUUGGGAAUGUCGGUAAUGGCUGGGAAUUUAGAUUUUCCCAAAAAUACCCCUUUAGUGUUAUUUAUGUGACUUUAGUGUGAAGGAGCAAAAUGGUCAUUUUGCCCCAUUGUUAGUUUGUCUUUUUAUGGCUUAAUAAUUGGAAAAUACAUGUUUAUUUAAUGCUUUUAAUGGCUGAAGUAAAGGGUUAUGUGGCAAUUCUUUCAUUUUUUUCCAAACUUAGUAAAAUUAGAAAAAUUUCAAAAGGAAAACUCUCUCUCUCUUUUCCUCUCUCUUUUUCGGCCAUUUGAGGCAGCAAGAAAGUGGAUUUUCUCUUGUGAUUUUGGUGAUUUUCAGCAAGUCUAGUGUGAUCCUUGAAGAGGUAUUUCUUGUCUAGCUUGUCUUCCUUUGUUUUCUUAAAAAAUGAUGAAAAAGAUGAGGUUGCAUGCAUAGUUUAAAUGGUUGUUGCUACUGUGAUUUUAUUGUUGUUUUCAGAGAUUUAAGCAUGUUAAAUUGAGGAUAUUUGAGCUGUUAGUAAUGCAUGAUAGUUAGGUUGCUUGAGUUAUGGUUUUUUUUUUUCUAUGCAAAAGCUUGAGUUUUCAAAGUGGAUUUCUGAGUUUUGUUGCUAUGUUUGUUGAGGUCGAAUUCUUGUGUUUUCAGAGGCUUUUACAUGCAUGUUUAAGUAGGUUUGAUCUGAUUUGGAUGCAUGUUAGUUGAAUUGAACCAAGUUUGAGUUUGAACUCAAAGCUUGGAGCUUUAAUGGCAUUUUUGGUAUAUGUGUGUUCUGGACUGUGUAGUUGCUUUAGAAAUGUUAUUUGGGUCCUAUAGAACAGGUCUGGAAGGUUUGAGGUUGUUUGGAUUAGAUUUGAGCAUUGUGUGAAUUUUUGAAUUUCUGCCUGCGAGGAACCGGAAUUCCGGAUGGGUUUUGAAAGUUUCCAGAACCGGAAUUCCGGUUGGACAACCGGUCUACCGGUUGGGGAAAUUUCAGAAACCCUAGUUUUCCUCGAUUUUAUGUUAUUUGGGGUAUUGCCAUGCUUUUUAUUGAUAGGGAAACUUUUAGUUCCUAGUUUAAGUCCCCGGGAAGUGAUUUAGCGUAUCACUCAUAGUGUUGUAAUUUUUAUGGUUUAGGAGCCUGUAAUUCGUCGCGCAGAUAGUUCCAGUCAGGUUGACCGGCACACCUGAAUUCGAAAUUGAGGUAAGAUUAGUAUAACAGUAUGCAUAUGUAGAUUACAUGUUUAGCGUGCAUGUAGGAAGCCUGUUAGGUUACAUUAGUUAUGUAUGUUGGCUUCGAACCAUCUGACUGUGUUACAUCGGUAUAGGCUGGAGUAUGACCAGCAGCUGGAGUAUGACCAGUAUGACCGAGUAUAGGGUGACACUGUAUCACAUCGGUAUAGGCUAGAGUAUGACUAGCAGUUGGAGUAUGACCAGUAUGACCGAUUAGGCUGAUACUUAGGUUGGUGGUUCCGUACUAUUUGACGUAUCACGUUGGUACACGCUGGAGUAUGACCAGCAGCUGGAGUAUGACCAGUUCGACC